UAUGAGUACCUGGGCAUGUCAGCGGGUCUGAUGGGUUUGUGUGUGCGGAUAUCAUUUUUCUAUACCCGCGAACAUAUACCCGUUGGGUCUAGGAUCAAACCCGUGCCCACACCCACGGGUACAAAUUCAGACAUGCCCGUCGAGUUUCCUAUCCGCGGGUAUGCGGAUAUUUUCUACCCAUUGCCAUCUUUAGGUCCGUUUCAAAGGGAGGACACAUAUUAUAACACAUGCUACUCUUGCAUCCACAGCCGAACCAUUGUUGAUUCAUUUCUACUCCCUAGUGUUCAUACACACAAUCCGUUCAAUAUGACUAGUGCUAUAGUAAGUGCUUCAAUCGGUGUCUUGAGCACUUUGCUUCCCAAGCUCUCUGUUUUGAUAGAAGGGGAGUACAAGCUUCAGAAAAAGGAGUGAAGGACAAAAUCAGGUUUCUAAAGGAUGAGCUGACCAGCAUCCAAACCCUACUCAUGAAGCUGGCCGACAAAGAGGAGAGGUUGGAUGAGCAGGUGAAGGAUUGGAGGAACAAGGUGCGCGAGCUGAGCUAUGACAUUGAAGACUGCAUCGACCUCUUUAUUCACAAGAUGAGCAAAGGUGAUCAUGCUACAACCAACCUUGUCAAGAAGACAUCAAGAGAGAUUAAAAAGAUAUGGUCACGCCACAAGAUUGCUAACCUUAUUGAAGAACUCGAGUCUCGUGUUCAGGAAGAAAGCGAUCGCCGUAUGAGGUACAAGUUUGAUGAAGUUGCCAGUAAUUUUAGCUAGGCCGUUCAAAUUGAUCCUCGACUGCCAGCACUGUUUGUCGAAGCAAAGAGACUUGUUGGGAUAGAUGGUCCAAGGGAGAAGGUCAUCGAGUGGCUGAAAGAAGAUGAUGACUUUGGACGGCAGCUCAAAGUUGUAUCCAUUGUGGGUUUUGGAGGUCUUGGCAAGACGACUCUCGCAUACCAAGUUUAUGACAAAAUCAAAGGCCAAUUUGAUUGCUCAUGCUUCGUGCCAGUUUCACGGAAUCCUAAUGUAGCAAAGAUACUGGCUGAUAUGCUCAAAGAACUAGGAAGUUGUGUGGAUCCAUCAGAUGACGAGCGGCAAGCUUAGAGCAUUCCUACAAGAUAAGAGGUACAUAUACAAAUGUACUUCGUCAUUGUUGAUGAUAUUUGGAGCACAGAUGCAUGGGAACUUGUCAAGUCUGCUCUGCCUGAGAACAACUUAAACAGCAGGAUAGUUACAACCACGAGAAUUACCAAUGUAGCCACAUCAUGCUGCUCCAGUUUAGAAGGAUAUGUCCACAACAUUCAACCUCUGAGCGACGAGCACUCUCAGAAACUAUUUAUUAAGAUAGUUUUUGGCGAUACCUCAGCGUGCCCUCCUCACUUGGAAGAAAUAUCUCAUGGAAUCCUUGAAAAGUGCCAUGGUUUGCCAUUGGCUAUUAUCACUGUAGCGAGCCUGCUAGCUGGGAAAUCCAACAAGCAUCAAUGGGAGCAAGUGUACAAUUCUAUGAGUUCUGCUUUUAGUCACCAAGGAAUGAGAGAUAUACUUCUUCUUAGCUAUUAUGAUCUCCCACACCAUCUGAAGACUUGCUUGCUAUAUCUUAGUAUGUUUCCAGAGGAUUACGAGAUUGAGAGGGAAGAGCUAAUAUGGAGGUGGAUAGCCGAAGGGUUUGUCACAGAAGUAAGGGGUCAAACAGUGGAUCAAAUUGCUGAGAAUUACUUCAAUGAGCUCAUAAACCGAAGCUUGAUCCAACCAGUUGACAUCCGUUAUGAUGGUCGGGCAUAUGCUUGUCGAGUGCAUGAUAUGGUGCUUGAUCUUAUUGUAUUACUGUCAGCAGAGGAGAAUUUUGUCAGCAUAGUGGAAGGGCAAAGCCACAAUGGUGGUGGUCGCAAGAUUCGUAGGCUCUCAGUACAGUCCAAACAUGUGGGAGGUGAAGUGAUGCAGGAUAUUAUGGAUAAGUGUUCACAGGUGCGUUCAAUUAGCUUUUAUGGAUGUAAAGAGCUGGGAAUUCCUCAUCUGCAAAAGCUGCAUUCUUUGAGAGUACUGGUUUCUAAUUAUUACAGUCCUCUUGGUAAUGAACACAUUAAAUUCAUAGGAAGCAUGUUCCAGCUAAAAUUUUUGAGAAUCAGUUGUCUAGGUAUUACUGAGCUUCCAGAGGAAAUCGGAGACCUGAAGCAUCUGCAGACACUAGAUAUACGUGUCAGUGGAAUUGCAAAACUGCCACCGUCGAUCGGCCGUUUGCAAAAAUUGGUGCGUCUACUUGUAGGCCCUUGUGUAAAAUUGCCGGAUGAGAUUGGAUAUCUACAAGCCUUGCAGGAGUUGUCGACUACAUCGAUUUUUUCCAUAAGAUUAAUGGAAGCACUUAGGUGUUUGACCAGGCUGAAGACGGUUGGCAUAUAUUUGGCUGCCAGAGGACGACUUAUUAGUCGUGAUAUGGCACGGUACAAGGAAGCUCUGAAGUCAUCUCUUGCUGCAUUACACGGGCUUCAAUCACUGGUUAUUGGCAAUUGUGAAUUCAUGGAAGAACUGAUGGAUAUAUUGUGCUGCACUGUUCCAUAUCUCCAGAAGCUUGUCGUGGGCGGAGAUUAUUUGACUCGACUACCAGAGCAGAUGGUGUCUCUUGUUCAUCUCACCUAUCUAUAUCUAUGCGUUGCCAGGUUUAUUCAGGGAGAUCUCUGCAUCCUCGGGGACAUACCUGCUCUGCUCUGCUCUGCUCUCAGUUAUACGUGGAGCAUGCCCCUGAUGAACGGCUUACCAUCAGCAGCCAGCAAUUCCGGUGCCUUAAGGAGUUUGCGUUCUAUAGUUUUGCUUACGGAGGUGGGCUGGAGAUGCUGUUUCUACAGGAUGCGAUGCCAGAGCUCCGAAGGAUACGUCUUAGUCUCAGAACGCAGGAAAUAGAGUCCAAGAUGGGGUUUGAGUUCAGCUUCGAGCACCUUGCAAGCCUGGAAGACAUCAUCGUCGAAAUCAACCGUGAUAAAUCUACCAGGGUCAGGGUGGAGGCUGCCGAAGCUGCUGUCAGGAACGCUGUCAGCAUCCACCCCGGACGUCCCACACUUAAUCUGCGCUUUUUUGGGUACACGUUAGAGGACAAGGGCCCUGUUUGGUUCCCUCCAGCAUUCCUAGCACACACAUUCCGAAAAAGGAAUAGCUUUUUUGAGGACACGUUAGAGGAUAAGGGCCCUGUUUGGUGGUUCCCUCCAGCAUUUCUAGCACACGCAUCCC